GUGACUGACAGGUGCGGCUGGUCUGGCGGGCUCUGGGAACGCAGCCCUGCCCCGGGACGCAUGCCCGGGAUUACUGCACGCACGUGGGACCCCCCGUCCCCUCAAACUGCUGCCGCCCGGGUCCCGUCCCCGCAGAAAGAUCCAGGAUUCAGGGGCAAGCACAGGGCGCGAGGACGGGCCUCUCUCUGAGGCGAGAAGGAAGCCGUCCAAAGCCAGCUGGCCUGGCUUUGAAACUACGAGAGAGAGACUGAGAGAGAGAGAAGAAAAGAGAGAGAGAGAGAUAGAGACAGGGUGGGAUAGAGAGAGAGAGAGAGAGACCGGAGAGAGAAGAAAAGGAGAUAGGGAAAGAGACAAAGUGAAAGGAACUCAGACGGGAGGACGGAGAGUGGAUGGAAAGGAAGAGAAAGAAUCCUCUUGUGAGAAAAGCACCCGAAGGCCCGAAAUCUGCAGCAGGUUCUGCCCAAGCGUUUCUACAGCAAGAGGAACAGGACACUUUUCUCCAAAAGAAGGCAACAGAAGUGCGAAGACAGAAGGAAACUGAAGACUGAGGACCUGAACUGAGCGCUGGGUUUCAUUGGUCCAGCCGAGAGGAGAUACCUGCUGUGAUUGAUUGCGCGGAGGUGAGUCGGACAGCGGAGAGAGGCAGCGUGGACAAUGCGCUAGAGCAGAGGGGAGAAGAGCAGCUUGGGAGUUUUUCCGAUCUUCAGGGGGGCGUCAGGGAGUCGGCAGGCGGAAGAGGAGCGGAGCGGGACACCACGGGACGCCAAAAUGGGCCGGAAGAAGAUACAGAUCACCCGGAUCAUGGACGAGAGGAACAGGCAGGUCACCUUCACGAAGAGGAAGUUCGGCCUGAUGAAGAAGGCCUACGAGCUGAGCGUGCUCUGCGACUGCGAGAUCGCCCUCAUCAUCUUCAACAGCUCCAACAAGCUGUUCCAGUACGCCAGCACCGACAUGGACAAGGUGCUGCUCAAGUACACCGAGUACAACGAGCCGCACGAGAGCCGGACCAACGCCGACAUCGUGGAGAAAUUAAGACUCAAAAGCCAUAUUGACUGUGCCAGCUCUGAUGUGGAUGACUGUUUUGGGCACAGCCCCCGCGCGGAGGACGGGUUCUGCAAGCUUAGCGAAGAGGGGGAUUUCAUGUACAAGCGCUGCGCUGCGCUAAACAAGAAGGAGCACAGAGGCUGUGAUAGCCCGGACCCCGACUCCUCCUAUGUCCUCACCCCCCACACAGAGGAGAAAUAUAAAAAAAUUAAUGAGGAGUUUGAUAAUAUGAUGAGAAAUCAUAAAAUCCCCGCCGCCCUGCCGCCGCAGAGCUUCUCCAUGCACGUGGCCGUGCCCGUCUCCAGCCCCGGCGGCCUCUCCUCCUACAGCCCCGCCGGCUCCCUGGGCGGCCAGUCCCUGGCGGGCGCUUCGUCGCUGGGCGACGGCGGGAUGCUCUCGCCCCCCCAGGGCUCCCUCCACAGGAGCGUGGGGUCCCCCGGGGUCCCCCAGCGGCCCCCCAGCGCCGGCAGCACAGGGAAUGGCUUUGUGAACCCGCGGGAGUCCCCAGGGCUUCUGGGCACGCCCAGUGGGAACGGCCUGGGGAAAGGGAUGGCCACGAAAUCUCCGCCGCCCCCUGGAGUCAACAUGGGCAUGGGCGGCCGCAAACCAGACCUGCGGGUGGUCAUCCCUCCAUCCAGCAAGGGCAUGAUGCCCCCUCUGCUGCCGGAGGAGGACAUGGAGCUGAACGUCCAAAGGAUCAGCAGCAGCCAGGCUGCGCAGUCAUUGGCCACCCCGGUGGUGUCGGUCACCACGCCUAGCCUGGCUCCACAAGGACUGGUGUACUCAGCCAUGCCCACUGCCUACAACACAGAUUACUGCCUGAGCAGUGCGGAGCUCUCCUCCCUGCAGGGGUUCUGCUCCUCCGGAGGCCUUUCUGUGGGCUCGGCAUCGGCAUGGCAACAGCACCAGCUGGGCCAGAUCAGCCUGGGCUCCAUGGCUGGGGGCUGCCACAUACCUCAGGGUUCCAACAUCUCGAUCAACACCAACCAGAACGUCAGCAUCAAGUCGGAGCCCAUCUCCCCGCCGCGGGAGCGCAUGACCCCGUCCGGCUUCCCCCCGCACCACCAGUCCCACGGCCACCCGGGCCGGCAGGAGGUGGGCCGCUCCCCGGCCGACAGCCUGAGCUCGUCCUGCAGCUCGUACGACGGCAGCGACCGGGAGGACCACCGAGCCGACUUCCACUCCCCGCUGGGCCUGGUCCGGCCCGGCGGGGGCGGGGCCGAGGACCGCCAGAGCCCGUCCGUCAAGCGCAUGCGCAUGGACGCCUGGGUCACAUAGUCGCCCGGGCGACCGCCCGUCGCCAGCUACGUCCGGCAUGUUUAGGGCUGGGGGAGGCAGGGCGGGGGCAGGGCGGGAGGGGGGUACGGCGCUCCCUUUCAUUAUAUUAUUGUUACGUUAUUUAACUUUAUUUCAUUUUGUAAGUAUAAGAACGGCAGCGGAAUUCAAAACGAAACACGUGCUGACAUAUCAAGAAAUAAUAUCUAUGUUUCACACAUAAAAGGCAAGCAGUCAACCAGUAGGGUGAAAGUAGGUGUACUCGGAUUAAUGUCUGUCAGGUACUUGAUGCAAAUUGGUUCUUGUUUUUCAGGAUUCCCAAAUAAUUGAAAAGAGAUUCACAAGAAAGAAACAUUGUAGACGCUAUCAUAGUCACUAGCAAUUCACCUUGACCUGCAUAUUCUUGUUUUUUUUUCUUUUUCCUGGGCCUGAAGUGGGGCUCCUAAUUUGCAAUCUGGUGACCUCACUCCCCUGUACAUUAUCGUAUAAGUUUUCAAGCACAGAUCUGACCUUGUCGUUACGUUGUGGAGCUUGACAGAUGGUGUAGAUUAGAUGUGCUGUAGGAAGAAGCAAUACUGCAGGCGGGAAGAAGCCAUGACUUCCUGUUUGCUCAGGGUGGGUGUGGGGGGGAGCUAAACAGUAUGAGUGAGCGAAUGGGAGUUCGCUACAGAAGGUAAUGUCACCUGCCUUGAGCUAAGAGAGCAUAGUCAGCUCCCUUAACUUCAGGCCUGAGUCAUUAGCCCUUGAAGCUAAUUCUGUUCCUCUGUUAGGGACCUGGGUCUUUAGCCCUUGAAGCUAAUUCUGUUCCUCUGUUAGGGACCUGGGUCUUUAGCCCUUGAAGCUAAUUCUGUUCCUCUGUUAGGAACCUGGGUCUUUAGCCAUAGAAGCUAAUUCUGUUCCUCUAUUAGGAACCUGGGUCUUUAGCCAUAGAAGCUAAUUCUGUUCCUCUGUUAGGGACCUAGGUCUUUAGCCAUAGAAGCUAAUUCUGUUCCUCUGUUAGGGACCUAGGUCUUUAGCCAUAGAAGCUAAUUCUGUUCCUCUGUUGGGAACCUGGGUCUUUAGCCUGGGGAAGCUAAUUGCAUUGCUUUGGUUAGGGAGCUGGGUUCUUAGCCCACAGGUGAGUUACCUUCAUCAUGGGAGCCCUCUUACCUUUGUGGUUAAGAGAAAUGGUAACAUCCGAUGUGGUCAGUAUAUUUUUCUUUUUAUUUAUGAUAAUUAUUUAAAAAAUUUAUAAUUGGAAAAUAUUACUGAAAUGGGGGUUAGUCUCUGCCCAUUACAUAGUUAAAUGUACAUUUCAAAUAAAAGGAGGCGUCUCCUUUUCAUCAGUUGUAUAAAAUGCUGAAUAGCUUCACCCACCCUGAGCAGGUCCAUAUUUAUGGAAGCCAAAGUUGUAUGUUUGAUUGUUUGUACUGUUUAAAUGCAGGUUUUCGUCAUUUCUUUCCAAAUGUUUAUGUCAGUUUUUUCUCCUGUUGCUUUGUUGAAACUAUAAAAUGACAUGCAAGCAAGACCUUGAAACAAUAACUAAAGCCAUGAGCACCUGGUGUUCUGUUUGUAAAUUAAAAUUUGAGCCAAACUUUUUGUUUUGUAUAUAGCAACUUUAAUAUAUGUAUCACCUUUGGUGUAAGUACUUAUGUAUUGUACCAUCGCCAGAUUUAAGAAAGAAAAAGUAUAUUUUUGUGGAUUGCCGCCAGCUAACAAGGCGAGGUCCUUAAGUAGAGUAUUCACUGGUUAAUAUUGACUAUUUUGUUAAAUAUGCUGUAAUUUCUUCAGAAUGGAACUAUCAUUAAGAAAAAAAUGUUUUCCAGGGGUCAGAUUAUUGUUUGCACGCCCUUUAAGGGUGAUGAUGAUUUUCUGUCCUUGAAAAAUAGUGAAAAAUGUGCUGUUUAGGUUAAGCUUCACUGUAUCAUUUUGUGAAAGACUGUCAUGAUGUUUGGGGGAAAAUGUGCUUCCUGUUGAAACAGGAAGCCUGUCUUGAAGUUCCUUCGUGACUGGCCAGCGGCUGCUGAACGCUGAAUUUUACUUUCUGUACCCAAGGUCACUUACAUCAGUUGGAGUAGCUGGCUAUUUUUAUUACCUCUGCCCAGUCCAAAAAAAAUAACAAAACAAAAAAAUGCUCCUACCCCUAUAUUUUCUCUACAGAACAAUUGAAAGCUGAUAUCGUAUUAUAAAAUACUGAAACAAAAAAAAAGAUAUUUUAUCAAAAAAAUGACUCCCCGUUUAAAUAAACACAGUGUGCAAGCUGUUUCUUAGUAGCAGUUCCCAUUUGCCGGAAUAUCUAGAGUGGCUGAUUGUCAGGGCUGUGUGAAAAUGAAUCCGCAGUCUCUCGUCUCCACCGUACCCUCAUUUAAAGGUGGGAAACGCGAUGAAUCCCACAGGACAGGACAUACUUUACUAGACACGCCCGAUGGCAUGAAACAGGAAAGGAAGGUUCUCCCCGCUCUCUGCUGCUUUUCUGAGCACGCUCUGUCUACCCUCCUGACCCUUUUUCUGUGUCCCACUGCAGAUUUCAGCAGCUGCAAACAGAAAACAAAAAAAAAAAAAAAAAAAGAGGAACCAUCGAAUUGGCGUGACUAGAUUGUGCAUGACUUUGACAUGAAACUUUCCCUUCAAAGAGGAGUUGCCCUUUGCAUUUGCUGUCUAUUUCCUUGUGUGUCGCUAGCCAUGGGCCCAAACCCCCCACCUCCCCCACUCCCAGUGUCCCCCCACCUCUUAAAUCACUGCAGCUGAAGGACGAGCCGCUAAAAUCUAUGCACUGCCCCAGACUGGCCACAAUCAGGAAAAGCAUCACAACUGCACGCAUGCAGCACAACGCAGCAAGCUUUUGCAUGCAUGCAACACACACACACACAUACACUUUAUAGUGUAUGAACACAAUCAAUUAUAUGACUGUUAACCCCACGCCCUUAAGCACUUAACUUGACUGAGGUGGUGUACAUUCAGUCACGAAAGAGCACAGAAGGUAAUGAGGGCAUCAGUGAGUUUGAGAGAGGUCAUGCCUCCAUUCUAAGUUAGGACCCUGAAUUGCUGAAAUACCAAGCAAAGGUGACACGCAUACUUGAAUAUCUUUCUCUUUGACUGCUUGUUGUAUGGAGCCCUUACAAUUUUCCUCCUAAGACUCAGUGACUCGGAGAUGUUUGUCCUCACAAUCAAAUCAUUUAGGACAUAAUUAGACAUUUGCAUUGUUAGAAUCCAAUGCCUUCAGUGUUUCUGAGCAAUAAUUAAGAACGUGAGAACAGUAACAAUAUUGAUAAUCAAAGAGCAAAUGCGACACGGAAAUGCAUGCUCACUGGACUCCUGAUACAUGCACGCACACACACACACACGCACAUUGCUCUUAACUGGAGUCGGGGACCCGCUUUUGUUUUCUGUUUUAGGUGUACGUACACAGAUGUUUUAUUUCAAAGAAUUGUGGGUAUUAUCACAGCAUACGCGUUGAUCCUCUUACACCUACAUUCAGUCUGCUGACCCUAACCUGACCCUGAAACCCCCCCAAGAAUCAGUGGGGACUCCUGCCUCUGCCACCCUACCCCUGGCACACCCCACCCGCUCACCCCUCAAUGCAUCGUUAUGCACACAAGAAAUACAUAGUAAAUCUAAAGAAAACCUGUACACUGAUAUUCGCUCCUAUGGUCUGUCUGCUAUUUCACAAACUGUUUGAAUGUGAUAGAAGGGAUAUGUGGAAACAAACAUUAUGUAAACAAAGCGACAACAAACAAACAAACGGAAAAAAAAAACUUUGUAGAAAACUUUCACUUUGCUGUGCAAGAGCGCACCGCUUUGCGUUAUGGCUUUUAUAAACGGAUUGAUGUAUUUGGUAAUUGUUUGUAGUUGAUAGUUCACUCGAGAAGCUGUUUACGGUUUGGAAUGCUCCGACCGUUUGGCGGCACAAGCUGGACUUUGUUGCCAUGGAGAUGAAACAAACUGUUUAGAAAACGAAAGAGAGAAUUCCAAGUUAAAUCUGAAUUUUAAUUUCCCUGAAUGUGUCAUUUUUUUUCUCUCUGUUAUACAAUAAAUAUUCUAGUGAACUUUUUAUCGAAUGACUAAGAUAUUAUGCUAGAGAUUGUUGUAAAAAUUUGUAUUCUGCAUUCACUAAAGUAAAGAUAUUGGCUUUUACUGUCUA